AUUCGAUGUUUUAUGGGUAAAUUUUUUUAUGUCCUUGUUUACAGCUUCUGUGAUAACCUAGUACGAAGCGAAAAUCAUUAGUCGAUGAAAUAAACGCAUACGAGAAGUGAUAGUGUACUAGAUAUAUUUACUCCAUUUUCUGCAGAAAACUGGAGCAUAAAAAAUUUCAUCAUGAAUUACCUCAUUUUCAUAGUUAUCUUAAUAAUACCAACCAUAAUUGCUGAAAAUUCUUUGAAAAGAAUGAAAAAAUAUGUGGAUGAAGAAUACGAGAAUGUAAUGCACCUGUUGGAAUUAUUGAUCGAGCAAAAGAUGCAUGUGAUGCCAGAUGAUCCUAAAUGUUUAUCACCUACAAUUAAAUUCGGAGCUCCGAAAAUACGAGAAUAUCUGAACCGUUACACUUGUUGGAGAUACGCCGAAGACGAACGAUUAAACGCAAUUCGUGAUUCUGAGAAAAUGGACGAUCAUCAAAUCGAAGAAGAAUUGCAGAAUUUGAACAUCACACUGCACAGAUUACGAGACAUAUACGAAUCUCUGCACAUAGCAAAAAGCACUGUGCACUACAUCAGAAACGAACUUGAACAGGAUAUACGUAAACAUAAUUUGGAAGAACAAUAUGACAUCGAAGGUGAAUUCAAAAUGGAAUGUGAUUCGCUGAAAGGGAUGUUUAUUUCAACAGCACAGUUGGCGAGACGACUUGUGCCACCUUCAUUGAAGCACUCGCUGUCGUCCAUCAACAGUCCAAUUAUUCGAUUAAAGCUUCCAAAGUCUAACUGAAGAUCUAUGAGAGCUCAAGUGAAUAUGAAUCUAAACGUAGUUACAACUUAUUUUUUGACAUUUGAAUGAAAUUCAAUUUUUUUAUAUGUAUUAAAAAAAAAGAUCUAUUUGAA